UAAACAGAAAAAAUGGCGGAUGAAGACGAAAUUGACAUUCUUGGAGAUUUCUCAUUUAAUUCAUGUUUGGCCCAAAAUAAUCAAGGAAUCCCUUCCUGUUCAGAUAGGGAAGACACAGUACAUCCUCAAUGGCUGCUUGAUUCUACUGCAACAAAUUGGUAUGAUAGCCAAAUUAAAAACAAUAAUAGGCCGAAAGAUGGACCAUUACGGAAGUUGUCAGGGAAUAAUUCAAGAAAAUUACAACUUGUAGAAUCUGAAACUUUAUGGAGUCAAGAAGAAAGAGACAUUCUUAACAAAGAAAUGGAAAAACAUGGCCAAAACAGUCAUAGAAUAGCAGAAUCGCUUAAAACAAAAACUAUAGCUGAAAUACAAGCAUUGAUUGAAGUCGAACAUGGUGUUAACUUGGAGACCCAAGCAAUUGGAGUAUUCAAACAUGAGGAAUAUGACAAUAUACCUGUUGUUGUACAAGAAGAAGUUAUUAUGGGUGAUAUAAUAACAAUUCAAGACACCAUAAAUAUGGUAUCAACAGCACUUCCGACAAUACCAUGUACAAAGAAAGCACCCAAAAAGAAGAAUUAUCUCAAAUCACCAAAAAGCUUAUUAAAACCUAAUAUUCUAGAUUUAAAAGAACCGGGACUUGUAGCGAUCAGUCCUUCAGAAAUAUUCUAUGAUGAUGACCUUAAUGUUGGUUCAACAGAAUCUAUUGGUACUGAAAUUGAUGCAGGUGAUGCUGUGUUAAGAAAUUUAGCAAAGCAACAUAAGGAAAAAAUAAAGGGAGGAAAGAAAAUAGGUAACCAUAGGAGAAAAGUCUCAAGGAAUUAUGAUAAAAGUAAAAACAAAGAUGUUUUGAAAUCACCACAAGGCCGACAGAGGAUAGACUCAGGUGUGUCUGAAGAUGCUAAGAGUCCUAAAAUGCAGAUUAUCUUAGGUUCGGGACAAGCUUUGCCGCUAUCAGAAGGAGAACAGGUUAUUAAAAUAGAGAAGAAGAAAGACUCGGAGCCAGAGAGUGACAUAGAGAUAGAUAUAGACAGUGAUAAAGAAGUUGACACCCAACAUACAAAGAAUUCAACAGAAUUAUGUGAAAACAGAUUAAAACCAAUGACAGAUGAAACACCAGUAGCAGUACCAUUACGAAAAUUUGAACCAAUGCCUAAAAGAAGAAAGAAAAUUAAUUUGGAUGGUGGAGGAGGAUGUACAAUAAUGCACACAGCUGCGGGGGACCUUUACGAGGUGUCUCGGGAGCCGCGCCGAGAGCGACCACCCCGAAACAUCCCCGUACAACUUAUACGGUGUCUCGUUUACAAUGAUGACAAACCGGCGCCGUGCUCGGUGUCGCUGAACGUGUCUGCGCUGAUCGCGAUGGACGCGCACGCGCACACGUCGCGCGGCGAGGUGAUGGGGCUGCUGGGGGGCGUGGCCAGCGCGGCGCCGCCCACCGCGCCCCGCGCCCCGCCCCACCUGCUGCUGGCCGCCUACUGCCGCGCCGCCGCCGCCAACGCGCGCACGCACUGCGACAUGGAUCCUGUGUCGCAGUCUAUGGCGGCGGAGGCGCUGCGUGCGCGCGGGCUGGAGGUGUGCGGCUGGCACCACUCGCACCCCGCCUUCCCCGCUGCGCCCUCCGCCCAGGACCUGCGCUCGCAGCACGCCCUGCAGGUCGCCCUCGAGCGCGCCCCGCCCCCGCACACGCCCCGCACGCCCUUCCUCGCCCUCAUCACCUCGCAGCACUGGCCGCCGGGGCGCGACGCCUCGCAGUACACAUGUUUCCGUGUAGAAGAGAGCGAGGGCGGUGCGGAGAGUGCGGGGUACGCGCUGCGCGUGCGCGUGGCGGCGGACGUGUGCGCGGGGGGCGUGGCGCGCCUGCUGCGGGAGCUCGCCGCGCUGCGCCGCACGCAGGGGGACACGCAGGGGGACGCGCUCGCGGUGGACAUGGCGCGGGAUGUCUGCCCCAUCGCUGGCAUCACCUACCUAGAUAAGUUAAUAUCGAGCGUGUCUCGUCACCUGCGCUCCGCGGGCUACGCCGACGACGACCCGGUGAGGACGCGCCUGUUGCAAGGAAUUAGAGAAGUCUUCUCAUGAGAACAUCUCAAAUUAACUGCCUGACUGUGAUCAUAUUUAUUGCAAUAAUUACCUUUUGUAAAUAUUUUUAAGUUUGGUGCAAAUUGUAAAAAAAAACCAUAGAUAGAUAUUUGCGAUAUUUCCAUAACCUUUGUCAUUGUACAUUUUCAAGUAUUGCACAAAAGUGUGCCUUAUAUUUUGAGUUAUGACAGUAUUUUUAAGCUUUAAAAUAAAUGU